AUGUUAAAUUAAGUUGUUUCAGAAAAGUUGGCUCAAUGCGCUAACAACAACAAGCUGAUAUAAGCCAAACUAUAGAUCAUCAAAGAAGCUAGGAAACCAGUAUUGCAGGAUAUUGACGAUAUCCCUAAGUAAAAUUACAUUUAUCCACCCUAUUAACCUGAGAUCCCAACAUAAGAUUAUUUAAAAUAAGUGAAUAAGUAAGUCAAAAAAAUCAAUGAAGAAGUUAAAGUCAUAAAUCAAAAGGCAGAACUUUUUGAAAAAAAAUAUAAUCGCGAAGAAAGAAAAAGGCAAGAUGCAAAACUUUUCAAGAAGCCAGUUAUAAAGACUAAAUAAUAAAUUGAACAAGAAAAGAAAGAAAAAGAAGACAAGAGGCUUGAUGAUUUUGUUAAUAGAAUAGUGGCCAAGUAUGAGCCUUAUCUGAAAAAACCAGAACCGAUCAAAGAAUCUGAAAUGAAAGCAAAAAAGAUAUAUUAAUAAAAGUUUGAACAUUAUUAAACAAAAAAAGACUUAACAAAUAAAAUUUAAAGAGGCCUUGAAAGUAAGGAAUAGAAAGAAUUUGAUUUAGUAACAAAAAAAGAUAAUUGGGUUAAACAAAAAUAGCAAAAUCAGUUUGAAUUAGUUGAAGAUUAUAUCACACCUGAAGAAGAAAUCAAGUUAGAGUAAGAAUCAAAAUCAAUCAUUAUGAAAAGGGAAUAAGAAAAGAGAAAGAAAAAAUAGUAGAUGCUAUUUUACUAAAUUCUAGAUGAAAAAGUUAAAUUGGAUUAGAAAAUCUUUAGGAAAAAUUUCAACUUCUUAGUUACUAAAAUAUUUCAAUAAAUAGAUAAAUAAAAGACAGGUUAUAUUUCCAAGGAGGAACUUCUUUCAUAUUUUAAAGAUUACACCAUUUUUAUUGAUAUAUUCGAAAUAAAUUGGUAACCUUUCAAAGAAUUUGUAAUAAAAAUAAAAGCUACUCGUAAGGGACUAUUGAAUAAAUUGGAACUCAUAGAAAUCUUAUUAGACUAGAAAUUACAUAGCAAAAUAGAGAAUGUUGCUGAAAGAAUUUAGAAUUAAUAAAAAGAAGAUUAUUAAUUACCAGAAUUUGAUUAAGAAUAAUAGGCAGAUCAAGAGGAAGUUGCACCAGAACCUCAAAAUGAAUAAAUUAGAGAUCCUGAAAUUGAUUAUAAAUAGUUAGAGUUUAUCACUUAAAUAAAUUAGGAAUUUUAAGAUUUAAAUUAUCCAAUUUAUCAUUAAGAUUUAGAAAAUAAAAAGAUUGAUUGCUAAAUUGAAAAAGAACAAAAAUAAAAAUAAAAGAAAAAAUUAGAUCCUAACUUCAUCAUGUUUAACAAUGAGAUUGGAUAAUUAUCAGAGUAGUAUAAUAAAGGAAUGUUAGAAUUCCAAAAGAAUGAGGAUUUCGUCAUUAAUUCUUAAUUAUACAAUUUUUAAUAAAAGUGA